AUCUACCGUGCAAGUGCUUCCGUCGUUUGGUGUCGCUGCUGUUCCAGUGAAAAUAAUGGACGAAGGUGGAUGGCGAGGUUUGCCCAAACUGCAAGAACUGUUUCGUCGGCAAAGACGGGGAUCGGAGACGAUCAACGAAUCCCCAGAUUUAGAGUUUUCUUAUGGAGAUUCGGAUUUCUAUGAAAAUGAAAUCUCAGAACUUUAUUGUUACACUGAGGAACCAGAAUUUCAACAAAACCUCAGAGCCUUUGAAGACACAUUUGCAUCUAAGGGUUAUGAACAAUGGUCCAGUUCGACUGAAUCUCAGCAGAAAAGAUUUCUGGUGUUCUUGCAAAAUGAACUGGAAAUGGCAGACGCUGAGAGAAGGAUGGCAGCCAUACAGUCAGUCCUUUAUCUUGUGCAAGGAGUAUUUUCCGAGUGUGACACUGAAGACCACCAGGAGUACUGGGCCAAGAGAAAUGUGUUUCUUAUUUAUGAGAUGGGUCUAUUCACUUCUUGUGUCCACCUCCUUCACUUAGAAAUGGAUAACAAAGCUGUGGCCACGUCUGCUCAAAGGAAACCUUGUCUGUCUAUUGCUGAUUGUAAAGAGCUCAGGAUCAUUCUCAAUGUUCUGUACACUGUUGUUGAAACCAUGAGAUGUGUUGAAGAAACUGAAGAAGAGAAAAAGUUGAAGAACCAGUUCAAAGCAGAAUUAACUAUGCCAUAUAUUGGUGAUGAGAUUCUUGCAGUAACACUCUUUGGAAUGGUCAGCAGAUUCUGCAGUGGAACAGCACCACAUUUCCCUAUCAAGAAGAUCUUACUGCUUCUCUGGAAGAUCAUUUUGCUGUCCCUUGGCGGUCUGAGAGAACUUCAAGAUAACAAGAACAUGAUCCGCAACCAACAUGGUUUACCAGGCUUACCUGAAGAUCCUUACGAAGUCUGCAAGAACAUGCGUGCUUCCUCUCCACCCGCAUCAACAGCUGAUCUCAUUGAACAACAAAUGCCAAAACGUGGCGUCCGAGGCAAAAGGAGUUUGCUGAAACAGAUCAGCCUCGAUGGCUACGAGAACAACGGUAACAACAACAACAACACCGGUACCAUUGGCGGCAACGGAGAACAGCAUCGUGCCGAUGACGACCUGCUCUCAUCUGACGGCAGCCCCGCCCCGACAGAUGAGGACGAUGACGAAGAUGAUGACACCAUGCCACCAAAACCACCGCGACCGCUCUCAACGCCACCACCGUUAGUCACUACGACUACGGCUAAAUGUUUGCCAUGGAAACCAAAAGUGAGGUUAAAAGAUCUGGAAUUGUUUCUGGACCAGACCAGAGCCAAAUUUGUUGGUUUUCAAGUAAAAGGUGAUCACAGUUCUUUGGCUGGUCUUCCACAGCCAAUUCACGAAGGAGUCAAGGUGCUCCGUGAACACUUGUACAUCUCUCUGUCUGAAAUACAAAUCAAACGAGAGGAUGAAAUUGCUAAAAAUCCAUUUUCCAUGCCAGAAAAAGAAAUCCCCAACACCCCCACUGAACUCUUGUACCAGGCUCUUCUGCCAAGUCUACCACAGUAUAGUAUUGCUCUCCUCAAGAUACUCCUGGCAGCUUGUCCUACUUCAAAAACAAAAUCAGAAUCCAUCAAUAUCCUCACUGAUGUUCUGCCCCACCUUACAAACGACCAAGAGCCAGAUACCCAAAACAUAAGGACGACAGUUUUACAGUCAGUGAAAUUAGAAAUUGAUAUUAAUCGUCACAAAGAGAUUAUCACUAAAGCAAUUUCAGGGCUGUUGUUGUUGCUUCUGAAACAUUUCAAACUGAACCAUAUUUACCAGUUUGAGUUUUUGAGCCAACAUUUAGUGCUUGCUAACUGCAUUCCACUUGUUUUAAAGUUUUUCAACCAGAAUAUUAUGUCGUACGUAGCAACCAAAAACAGUAUUGUAGCUUUAGAUUUCCCCUCCUGUGUUAUUGGUGAACAAAUUGAAAUAACUGGGGAAAAUCUGGAAAAUGGCGAUGACCAAGUGUUCUGUUGGCGCAACUUGUUUUCCUGUAUCAAUCUUCUGAGAAUUUUGAAUAAAUUGAUCAAAUGGAAACAUGCCAGAACUAUGAUGCUGGUUGUGUUCAAGUCGCACCCCUUCCUGAAGCACGCCCUUACGGUCAAGCAGUCUAUGAUGCAACUCUACGUCCUGAAACUACUCAAGAUGCAAACGAAAUACCUCGGACGACAAUGGAGGAAGAGCAACAUGAAAACCAUGUCUGCCAUCUACCAGAAAGUCCGACAUAGACUCAACGAUGACUGGGCCUUCGGAAAUGACCUGGAUACAAAACCGUGGGAUUUCCAGGCUGAAGAGUGUGCGCUUCGGGCAUGUGUCGACCGGUUCAACAACCGGCGGUAUGGCACCAAUGGAACGGACGUGAACUUCACACCAGUAGACAACUGUAUACUCAGCGUUCUUGGACAGAAUUUACAGCUGAGUGAUGACUUUAAGCACAACUAUGAGCUUUGGUUGGAACAAGAGGUGUUCUCGAACCAGGUCGACUGGGACCAGAUCCUUCAUCAAUGAAAUACAGCGCUGACAGCAGAAGGGAGGCACUGAACCCUUUUUUGGUGGACUGUCGACUAGGAUCAAACACCUGUGGGGUACUGUAACCCCACCUCUUUAAUUUUGGGCUGUAGGGGGGAAUCAGUCGAAGUGAAAGGGGGCCCUUAGUGUGUUGUGUGGUGUUGUGGUGUUUGUAAGGGAAUGAAAUGCAGACAUUGAUGAUGCUGGGUUGGGAAGGUUUGGUAAAGCUGAGAUACAGUAUUAGACCCUUACUCUUGAUAUUGGGGGUCAGAAGGAUGUGGGGUGGGUGGUGGUGGUGGCGGGGGACAGGGAGCUGGAGUCAGAGACUGAGGGGGACUAGAUUUUCUUUUAACUAUUUAUUUUAAUGCUUUUC